GUUUGGUCGCUGAAAGGACGACUCAGAGGAUUUUUAGAGGAAAAGCUGCGAGGAAACAAGAGCAGACCGAGUGUGUUCUCAGCUGGAGACUGCAUCCGCUUGCUGCUGGACCCGAAGACACACAAUUUACACAGUCAGACUUUCUCGUGUGUGACAAAUUGAGCCUGUGCGAGGCUGUGCUUGGACCCGGGUCUGCGUGUUCAAACAUGGGAGACCAGAGAUCAGUCCAGCCCCUCCUGCUCCUGCUGCUGCUCCUGAUGCUCCUGAACAGACUAUCACAGCUGUGGGCCUUCCCCUUCAGCCCGUCCCUGGACCUGGAUGUCACUCCCAGGACGACUGUCUUCUCCAAAGGUAUGCUGGGCAGCACUCGCUUCACCGGCUCUUCCAUGAACUUCAGCACCCUGCUGCUGGAGGAGGACACUGGGAUGCUGUACGUGGGAGGCAGAGGCGCUCUGUACGCUCUCAACAUCUCCAACAUCUCCACCCCGGCAAACCUCAGCAUUGAUUGGGAUGCUUCUCCUGAACAGAAGAAGCAGUGUCUAAACAAAGGCAGAGACAAUCAGACCGAGUGCUACAACCACAUCCGCUUUCUGCAGCGAUACAAUGAGACUCACCUGUACGUCUGUGGAACCAACGCCUUCAAACCUCUCUGUGCUUAUAUAGAUGCAGAGCGGUUCAGUUUCUCCUCCGGGUUUGAGGAGGGCAGAGACAGAUGUCCGUAUGACCCCGCAAAGGGAUACACUGGCCUCCUCGUAGACGGCGAGAUGUUCACGGCCUCUCAGUACGAGUUUCGCAGCUCGGCAGACGUGCGCAGAAACUUCCCCUUCCCUACGCUCAGGACAGAGGAGGCGCCCACCCGGUGGCUUCUGGAGGCAGAUUUCGUGGGCUCAGUGCUGCUGAAGGAGAGCAUCAACAGCUCUAUCGGCGACGACGACAAGAUUUACUUCUUCUUCACUGAGAGAAGCCAGGAGCAGAUUGCCUACCCGAGCCAGACCAAGGUGUCCAGGGUUGCCCGAGUCUGCAAGAAUGACUGGGGAGGCCAGAGGACCUUGCAGAGGAAGUGGACCUCCUUCCUCAAGGCCAGAAUGGUGUGUUCGGUCCCAGAAUACGAGCUGCACCUCAACAUCCUGCGCGACGUGUUUGUCUUGCAAGGGAAAGACGCUCAGAGCAGCAUUUUUUAUGGCAUCUUUGGACUGGAAUGGAAGAAUAUCAAAGCAUCUGCUAUCUGCCAGUACGCCUUCUCAGAUGUACAGAAGGUUUUCGAAGGGCCGUACAUGGAGGUGCAGGACUCUAAGUGGAGGGAGUACACAGGAAAAGUUCCAGAGCCAAGACCCGGAUCGUGUAUGACAGAUCAUCACAGGUCCCAGGGCAUCAACUCAUCUCGAGACCUUCCAGACAAUGUCCUCACCUUCACCAGAAGGCAUCCACUGAUGGCUAACCAGGUGCACCCAAUGGGUGUGCGCCCCCUCAUGUUCAAGAGAAGCGUCAACUAUGUCAAAAUCGCUGUGCACAAAGAGCCGGCACUAGAUGGAAACAUUUACACAGUUCUGUUUUUGGGAACUGAUGACGGAUGGCUGCACAGAGCUGUGGACAUUGAUGGAGAAAUGCAUAUUAUAGAAGAGCUGCAGAUGUUCGAUGACCUGCAGCCCAUAGAGAGCAUGGUCACAUCGUCAACUCUGAGGAGCAUCUAUGUUGGCUCGUACUCUGGAGUUGUGCAGGUGCCAAUGUCAACCUGUCAGAGGUACGCUUCCUGUUACGACUGUGUGUUCGCCAGAGACCCGUUCUGCGGCUGGGACGGGAAAGUGUGUGUGGAAAUAUCGUCACGUGCACAGAGGUCAAACCUCACCCAGGAUAUCUUAAGAGGGGUCAGAGGCUGUAAGGAGAAUUCAGGAAACGUGGUCCAUCGGAGGCGUUCUGUGAUGUCGGGCGACGAUGUGUUGCUCCAGUGUGAACUGCGCUCCAACCUGGCGACGCCACGCUGGACGCUAAACGGCAAGGAGCUGCAGGGAUACGGCCUCAACUCGGGCUACCGCAUCGGCACAGACGGCCUCCUCAUCAUCGGAGCUCGCCCCCUACAGAGCGGCUCCUAUCGCUGCUUUGCUGUGGAGAACUCCGUGUCGGUGCUGGUUUAUUUGUACACAGUAAGGGUUCACACGGAUCCCUACUUCCCCGUUGAGCCCACAGUCACAACUGACCCAACUACGGUGGCCAGCCCGACUGUCUUCUCCACCAGCAGCCCCACCGAGCAGCCUCUGCCUUCACCUCCCGCCCCGAUGCCUCCAGAACCAGCGUUCCAGACCUACAGACACAUGGAGGCCGUGUACAUCUCCCUGGUGGCGGUUCUCGGAGGACUUUGCCUGGUGUUGACUGUGGUGCUGCUUUACGUGAGCUUCUGCACCAGACGGGCCUCUCAGGACCGCAAGUUCUCCCAGCAGGGUCUGCAGGUCCUGGGGGCCUCUGAGAGAAAAAGAAGCUCCCAUCUGGAACUCAAAACCAUUUCCAGCCACUGCAACGGCCGCCAGAGUCGUCGCUCCAUCUCGGUGCCGACCUUCGGGGACAUCAGCGACAGCUUCCUGCAGAUAGUCCCAGGCGAGGGCCAGCUGUCUCCAGCCAAAACGCCUCCCCCGGCUCCUCCUCUUCCCAUGCCGCCUCCCCUUCCCAACAUGGACUACGCCAAUGGGCUGUCGGCCACCUUGCCAAGCGUCCUGCGGAAAAUGAACGGGAACAGCUACGUACUUCUGCGGCAGGCUGACCCCGACGGCAUGUCGCCACUGUACCACUCCUUCACAGAGGAGCUCAACAGGAUCCUGGAGAAGAGGAAACACACACAGCUGGACCUGCAGCCUGAUGAGAGCUCCAUCUAGGACGCCUUGUCUUGGUCUUUCGUCCCACAGUUAUUUAUUUUUACCCCAACGGUGACCCGUAGUCGUGGGGACUGUCGUAAGAAACGCUGCUGUUAUUUAACCCAGUGUCAGAGUACCUGCAGGUGGUGUCCUAAACCUGAUCUGAAAUGUGCAGCCUCGUGUUCCUCCCAUGACAAAUGGCCCAUGAUUUCACUUUCAACACGGAUGGACAACACUAACCAGAGAUUCAAAAAGUGGAGCUGUGAAAAAAAUUUGGCCAUAGACUGCAACGGCUUAAAGAGUAGGGAGCUUAAUGAUGCUACCUCAGGCUUGUGAAAGAUGGUCACAUGACACAAAAAGGCAAAGGGGCAACAAUGGACAUGGGUAGUAAGAAAUAAAUCAGGCCAGGAGGUGAACAAGCAUUUUUAAGACUGAGGAGAUGUUCAAGAAGUUUUAGUUUCAUGCAAUAUUCUCUGAAGCUUAAUGUGACACUCCAUCUAAAGUGUGUCUUCUGUGUGUUGUUACUAAGCAUUAGGCUGCUGUGGAAUAGUGGAAAACUACCUAGAACUUCACAUGUUCACAACCUGAGAACUUCUCCCUGCGUGCACAGGAUGCUCCUGUUUGGACUGGACUCAUCAGCAACUGUACAAUAAGAACUUCAAUGAGGUGGAAACAACAGUUUUGACUGGCUUGAUUUGAGAAGUUCUGGGGAAAAGGAAGGCUGGUAAUCAUUACAAAUUUAAUACAACAACUCGUGCUUUUGAGAGCAAUCACUGGCUCAUAAGGAGGCAUGCCCACCUUACUAGAAGUAAUAAUGCCCUUCCCUAAAAAUGUACUAAUCCACCAAACUAAAGGACUACUCAAAGACCUGUCCAAACUGUAUCUGCUUGAACAAGCUCAAAUAGAAGCAGUGUAUUUAUCUCUAUUGUCACAAAAGCAUUGUGUUCGCAAAGUAUUGCUCUUAUGGAUGGACAAGGAGAAGUGACUUAUGCUGCAGAAAUGCUUGUUGUUUUUCUACAGUGAAAAUCCAUUGCAGGGCUGUAACUAAUGAUUAUUUUCUUAGUCGAUUAUUCAUUGUCUGAAAGGUCGUCAUAAUUUCUCACAUUUUCAAAUCGGAAACCUGUCACUGUUCGACAUUUUUGCUGCUCGAUCGCUUUCACCUAAUCCUUGAGACUUGAGCAGCUGUUCUCUGCUAACCCACUGAACCCCAAACAAUUUCCUGGUGUUUUCUUGGCUUUAGUCACAUUUUUACUCACUGUGGACUUUGUCAAAGCAAUAUAAAGUUCUGCACCUCAGUGGAAUUCGCACAACCAUGACCAGACGUAUAUAGAACUCAAAGGUGUCUUUUGUGCAGUGGAACAAAAU